GCGCCAUCUGCAGUCGUUACUUCCGGUAUUGAGCAGCAAUAGAAUGGCAGUUGCGCGCAAAAGUCUGUUUAUUUACGUGCUGUCGAUGAUUAAUUGAUCGCGAAGUCGCAUCUAUAGACAAUAUCUUAUGAGUGAAUUCAGUAAUAACGGAAACGAGAUGAUGCACACGUGAAACGCAUUAAAUUUAAUCGCGGAGUUAAAGAGAAACGCGGUGAAUGUCGUUGUUGUGGAAUUUAGACUAUCGUCAUCGUUCUAACCUAUUUCCCGAAACAUUGUAUUCUUCAUUCUGGAAUUUUCCGACGCGCUGUCAACGUUUGUUUGCCAACAGUGAUUCGGCAUGAUGCCAUGUUCUCACAAACGUUGAGCACAGAUCUGUGCAAAAUUGUUAGCAUGGCUGACGAAGUAUUGCCGGCGAGUUUGGAGAAGCUCGAAAUUGAUCGUCUCUCCUCGAGCUGUCCACAUAUAUCACCUACCGACAAGAUAAACUCAUCAAAUCCAUUCAGAACAAAUAAAACUAUCAGUUCUGACUGCAGUCAUUUAUUUCAAAAAAGAUUAAUGCCUAUUAGGCCAACAUUAACCACAAUCAGUCCUAGAGGCGUAAAAAGUACAACGAAUUUUAAACCAUCAAAAAAUGAAAGAGUACUUGAUAAAAAUAAGAAUUCAAUUAUUAAGGAGGCUGUCUUAAAAUUAAAUGAUACUGGCACUAAUUGUCUUAGUGAUAAUCUAACGAAUACAUUGCUUAAAGAAACAUGUAAAUUUAGUAUGUGUGGAAAAAAUUCAAAAAUUUUUGGCCAUGGUAUGGUCGCAAAAGACUUUAAAGCAUUAAAUAUUAACCAAGAGUCUAGACAAGUUAAGGAUGAUACCAGCAUUCAAGAUAAUUAUCAAGCUAGUAGUUUUCAACGAGCACGUAGUAAUACAAUGCCAAGUUUAAAAAGAGGACCUGGUCCAGGCGGAGGCAAUAGUCAAUCAGAAACCACUACUUCAACCGGUCAACCUUCAAGUUCAAAUACAUGUUCAGUACAAGCAAGAAUAUCUUCGUGUGAUGUCACUAUUGAUGAACUUGCCAGUUACUUCGAGGAGUUUGUUCAUAUUCCAAAGAAGAUGUCACACAUGGCAGAAAUGAUGUAUAUUUAAAUAUAAUAUAUUAAAUUGUAAUAGACAGAUUUCUUAUACAGUUUUUCAAAGACCAGCAUGCAAGGUUGAUGCAUGAUUGCAAGUCUAAAUACUGUAUGUUUGCUACGAAUCCAAUUUAAUUUGGUACCUAAAUUAUAUAUAAUAUACAAUAAAAACAAAAAAAAAACAAAAAAUGAAAAAAAAUCUGCGUUUUUGUAGAGAAAAAGAGUAUUAAAGAUGAAAUUUAAUUUUAGUAAAAAUGAUAAAACAAAAAGUAAAAAUCUUGAAAAUAAUAAAACAAAGUAUAAUAUUUCUUUUUUAAAAUCGUUCGUGUCAUAACUAAUUCAUUUAAUUAUUUAUGGAAAAGAUUUAAUAUCUUUGUUUAUAAAAUUUUUGUAUUACAAAAAAAAACAUUGAUACUAGAAUAAAUUUCUUGCAAUGAA